AAAUACCCAUAGGGUUGACCACCUGAAGCACAAUCACAACUUGCUUCGUUCUGCACACAUCUGCAAAACAAUCCGUGGUGUGACAAUGAAAGUUUUGGCCUUAACAAUUCUCUGCCUCUGCGCAGUAGCGUAUUGCUUAGCCGAGGACGCAGCCGCGGCACCUUCCGACGACAAGAAGACAGUGAAGCGGGGCGUCCUCGGAGGCCUAGUAGGUUAUGGCGGAUACGGCGGUUACGGAGGCCAUGGAGGUUACGGUGGUUUAGGUAGCGGAUAUGGCGGCUAUGGCGGAUACGGUGGUUACCACUCAUAUCCAUCAAAAUCUUACUAUGGCGGUUAUGGCGGUUUGGGUAGUGGUUAUGGCGGCUACGGAGGCUAUGGUGGUUAUGGUGGAUACGGUGGUCAUGGAGGUUACUACAGCUCCGGCCUCGGAGGUGGAUACUACGGACAUGGCCAUGGACACAGUUACUACCCUUCGUAUAGCAGCGGCUAUGGUGGAUAUGGUGGCUAUGGAGGAUACGGUGGACUCGGCGGGCUGGGAUUCGGUCACGGUUGGUAAACCUUUUCCAAGUACCACUCACCAUAUACCACUCGACCCUGAUUGGCACUGAACCGCUAAAUCCUAACCAAAACAAUGUCGUACUAACAUUAAUUGUACAACUCAAUACAGUUUUGUAAGCAUUUCUGCAUCAUAUUUAUAACGUAAUUUAAUAAACAAAUAAAACUUUUUCGUACCUGAACAA